AAAAAAAACAUAUUUUAUAAAUGAUCUAAACCUGGAUAGACAUUUUUAAACUGGUUAAAUAAGCCAACAAAGUAUAUUAAGGUAAAAUUGUGUGUUAUUAGGACUUUUAACUAAGUCAUCAUGGUAUACGGAAGGAAGCUAAAAGAAGAACAGUGGAAUUAGAAUUAUAUUUUUUUCCUGGAACAAGUUUAUUUGAUCAAAGAAAUAUUAAGAUAAUUAACAUCAUCAUGAGACGAAUGAAUAACUUAAUGACUUUGUUUACGGCAAUGGUGGCGUUUUUCUUUGGAUUUUUUAUAACAAAACUUUUAACUACUGUGGACAAAUGUCCCACACAAAAAAGUGGCGUUCAUAAGUUAGAACCACAUCCGGAAUUAUUUUUAAUGGUACUUGUCUUAAGUGCUCCCCGUUACGAGGAAAAACGUAAUGCUAUACGUGAAACAUGGACUAAAUUGGGCAAACCAUUACAGUUACCUUAUUAUCCCGAAGAAUUUGUGCAUUUGCCCUAUUAUGGAGCAAGAGGUCAUCUGGAAGUUGAAGGUCCGCCAGAGCAAGCAAAUCGUUUGCAUAUUUUUAUGGAUUGGAUGGAAGAACAAAACCAUAGAAAAGUGGACAAUACCAAAAGAAAUAUAAAAGUAAAAUAUUUCUUUGCCAUUGGUACGCAAGGUUUGGAUCCUGCUUUACGAUCUCAAUUGGAAAAAGAGCAGAAGAAGAAUUUGGAUUUAUUGUUACUGCCACGUUUAACAGAUAGCUAUGCUAAUUUAACUGAAAAACUUCUACAUUCCUUGGACGCGCUAACACAUCAUUAUGAAUUCAGUUAUUUACUUAAAGUGGACGACGACACCUAUGUGAAAUUAGAUUAUUUGUUAAAUGAGUUGGUGUCUUAUGACCGUAAAUUAAUAAGAAGGAGUCAUGAAUAUGGAGCGCAGCCUUUGCCGAAUUUAUAUUGGGGCUACUUUAAUGGCAAAGCUAAUAUAAAAACCAAGGGACAAUGGAGCGAACCACACUAUUAUCUUUCGUAUCGUUACAACACUUACGCUUUAGGUGGUGGUUAUGUAAUUUCCCGUAAACUAUGUGAAUAUGUGGCCAAUAAUUCUCAUAGUCUCUCAACUUAUGUAAGCGAAGACGUUUCAAUGGGUACUUGGUUGGCGCCAUUUCGAAAUGUUUAUCGUCGUCACGAUCCCCGCUUCGAUACCGCCUAUAUGGCUAGAAAAUGUAAAAAAUACCAUUUGGUAUUGCACAAACGCAACGAGUCUUUAAUGAAGGAUUUAUACAAUAAUAAACUUUGCUCAUUUGAAGUGACUAACGAGCAAAAGUUACAAAGGCCACCAGAAUAUUAUUAUGAUUGGCGUAAGACUGCCGAUAAGUGUUGCGAUAAUUUAGUCAUAUAAAUAUUUAUUUAUGUACGUGUAUUUAUGUGCCAGAUUAGUUUAUGCUAAAUCUAAUUGUCUAGUAAUAAAAAUUAUUUAAAUGCCUUAAAAUUUUAGUAAAUAUGAUAUUUAAAACCAUGCUAGAACAAUGUAAGUUGUAUUAUGUUUAAAACCAAAGCUCAAAUAAAAAGUUAGUCAAAUAUACAACAAAAA